GUGCAUACUUAUCCAUCCUAUACCUAUAGACGCAGCAUAACUACCAACUGCAUGCCAUCGGUUCACCGGCGCAGCACAAUCCGACAGACACAUAGAUAGCUUACUGUUCCACAACCCCCUCUACACGCCAUGGCAAUCCCACGCCACGGGGUAAGCUCCUCAUGAUCAUGGAAGAGUCGUAUUCAGUACCUGGCUGUGUUACCUUGUGUGAGUGUUGUUCCGAGGCCGAGGCUGAAGUGGAAGCGUUGAACGGUCUGGGGUAUCUUGCUCUGAGGAUCUCUUGUAGGUUCGUUCGUAGGGCAGUGUAUAUAUACUGCUGCUGUACUUGUCGUGCAUUAAUUUCUAUAGUAUAUGUAUGUAUAUAUCAGUUCAAUCUCAAUCUCAACGCAUACCAUGAGCGGGUCAAUCACCAAAAGAAAAAAGUAGAGAAAUCUAGAUGCUCAGCUGCCAACUUAUCUGGACAAUAGAAGUAUAUCCUGUACCACAUCGGAAUGUAUCCAUCAAGGACAAAGACAACUCGAGACCUGAAUCUCGAGCAUAAAAGCACCU